UGUUUGCGUCCAUAGUUACCAUAAAUAAAAACUCUGGGAAGUUUCUGUCGACAGCUAUAACUGCAAUUUAAUAACUACUCUGCCGUUCUGUCGUAUUUUUUCUUGAAACACAGCUUAAGAAAAUUCCACUAUGGAAAUUAUCAGAGGUAGUUUAGAUGAUAUUUCUCGACCUGCGUCGUGUGAGCAAACAGGUAGCCGUGUUUCGAGCGUGUCAUUGCAUCAUAGUGACAGAAUCUGUCCUACAACUCCAUUUGCCCUUGUUGUUUUGACCAAUGAUGCUGCUGAUACUCGGAUCCAGAUCCAGAGCAGCUCUGAAGAAACUAUAAUCCACUCCUCAUCCAGAGAUCCUGACAAAGCUCAAUGUCAGGCUGAUACUGAUGAAGAGAAGGAAGAUUUCGAACUACAGAGAGCCAUUGAGGAAAUGAGACAACUUGAUGAAAUACUGUCUGCGGAGAUCUGCAAAGAAAAAGAAGUCAAGCGUCAAAGGAAAGAACUUCAAGCUAAACUCUGGGAAGAGCUCCUGCAGAAUACGCCUGAAGGUCACUCUGAAUGUGCCCAUGAAGCUUUGAACACAAAGCUGUUUUUGGCUCUGGAAGCACCCACUGGGACAGAAGAGGAGGAAGACUUUGUGCCUGUGUUUGAAACCCAGGUUCCAGACUGGGAGCCCAAUGAAGACAGCCAAUACUUGGAGCAAAGUGAAAAGAGGCCAAACAGUUUGACAGAAUCAUUUGAAGUAGGCCAUGGGGAGACUGGGGAAGAGCAAUUUGAAGGCAGCCACUGUGGGGCUUCGAAAGGAAAGAAAAAACAGAGGGACUUUGUCAAGAGAAACAUUGAGCUAGUAAGUGGUGAGGGGGACCAAGUGCUUAUGACCCAGGCGGAGAAAGAGCGUCUGGCUGAGCUCCUCCAAGACGUAGACGAAGGGGAAGAGGACAGUGCCAGAGGCGUAGACAGCGAGGAGGACAUGUGGGCUGUGUCAGUCCUGACAAGAAAGGGUUACACCCCAGAGCCCUCUGACCUGGAGCAGCUGAUCAACAUCGACUCCAAAAUCCGCCUCCUCCUUCCUGUUGAGGAAUUCCUCUCAGUCCAAAGCUCAUACACAAACCUUAGCAUGUCCCAGGGCCACAGCUCAGAGGUUGGCUGGAAGUGCGAUGGGGACCCGCAGCCAGGAGAGAAGGUCCUGCAGGAUAUAAAGGAGAGGAGAGGGCAGGAGAGGCGGCUCCAAGAGAUCCAACAGCAGCUGGAGAUCCUGGGCCAGGGCCAAGAGAUGACUAAUGAGUCACCAGACCUUACUGAGGAGCAGUUGCUUAGUCUGCUGGAUGAGUGUGAGCUGACAGAGAGCUGGACCCACGAUCUUGAGACGAAUGACACGACACCAUGAGACCCUAAAAAAGUCACCCAAAGACUGAUGGGCCCAAUCCAUCUGAAACCCUGCUAUCAAAAGACACAUCAUUGCUGGGAUGUUGCUAUUGCUAAAAUACUAAAUUACCACAAUAUUUCAUUAUCACAAAAGACUAUGAAUUCACAAAGAGGCUUUGGUACACUGUAAAGCUUUUAGAUUUAUGGAGAUAUAACUAACCUGUCUUACAUACAGUAACAUAAACUGAUCAUGAACA